AAGGAACUGGAGGAUCUUAAGGGGAAUCUGGAGGAAUACCAGGUCAACAAGGAUUUGUUGGAGGCUAAAAAUGAUAAGCUUCAGUUGGAGGUUUUUGCUGCAGAGCAAAAGCAAAGCAUGUCUGAAGCAGAUGCUAAGAGCCUUAAGAUGGAACUGGUUGCAUUAGUGGAGGCAAAGGAGGCAGCUACAAAAGCAUUUGACGCGGAGAAAGCAAAAAUCACGAAGGAUUUGGAGGUUCUUAAGUGGAAGGUGGAGGAAAUCCAAACCAAGAAGGAUUUGGUGGAGGGUGAAAAGGAUAAGCUUCGCUUGGAGAUUUUAAUAGCAGAGCAGAAACAUGCCAUGUCUGAAUUAGAGGUCAAACGCCUCAAGAUGGACUUGACUGAAUUGGCGGAGGCGAAGGAGGCAGCUGUGAAGUCAUUUGACGCCCAGAAGGCCAAAUUCAUGAAGGAGGUAGAGAGCCUCAAGAGGAAGAUAGAGGAAAUCCACGCCAGCAAGGAAGCAGCUGAGGAAGCAGG